ACCAUACCUUAAUUGCACUCGAACAUUGAUUCCAGAUGGAUGUUAAUUACAACAUUACACAUCUUAUACUUGGAGGGCAUGUACAGCUUGCAAAAUAUAGAUAUUUAUAUUUCUCAAUGACUCUCCUGCUCUUCAUUUUAAUCAUCUGCAGUAAUACCGUUGUUUUAUAUGUCAUCUAUGUAAACGAAAGCCUUCAUAAACCCAUGUAUGCUUUUAUUGCUGCUUUGCUGAUGAACUCCCUGUUUGGAAGCAUAAGCAUCUAUCCAAAACUUCUUAUAGAUCUGCUGUCAGCAACCCAAACUAUAUCCCUUCCUGCCUGCCAGCUACAGGGUUUUUUAGCAUACGUGUAUGGUGCUAUUGAAUUCACACUGUUAUCAGCGAUGGCUUUUGAUAGGUAUGUAUCCAUAUGCAGACCUCUCCAAUACCACUCCCUUGUUAGGACACAAACUGUCAAAAUAAUAUUGUUUUUGGCCUUUUGUAUACCUUGUGUUGAAAUUGGAAUUGCUACUAUUUUGUCAGCUAAUAUAGGUCUGUGCAAGUUUGUGUUGAUGAGAAUUACUUGUGAUAUCUAUUCCCUUGUCAAAGCGGGAUGUGGGGACAAAACUGUAAGCAAUACAUAUGGGCUUAUUGUAAUGGUACUUUGUACACUUCCACAUGUAAUAUUUAUUGCGUUUACUUACACAAGAAUAUUGUCUAUUUGUCUGAGGAGCUCCAGGGAUUUCAGGAGAGGAGCUCUUAACACGUGUCUCCCCCACCUCUUUAUAUUUCUGAACUUCACCAUAAUUGUUAUGUUUGAAGUCAUUCAAAAUCGUAUUCCUUCUGGCAUACCGCAUAUGUUUCGUCUUAUAGUAUCUCUCCUGUAUGUUGUGAUUCCUCCUCUCUUCAAUCCUCUAAUUUAUGGAUUUAAAAUGCAAGUGAUACGUCAAUGUCUUGUAGCACUAUUCAAGCUGAAAUAA